AAUCGCCUCAUUUUAGUGAAAAAAUUGUCAGUCUGAAAAAAAUGUCACACAGCAUGAGGAGUUUGAUAGCAGUCACGGUGCUCUUGGCUUUGAUCAAGUGCAGUCAGCAGCAAACAAACUAUUGCAGUGCAUCAUUAUGUCCAAACGGUGGACCUCAUAUUGCAUGUAACGGUUUGACGACGCUAGCGUCAUCCUGUGGAAGUGGAGCACAGGAAGUUGCUAUGACUUCCACCUUGAAGGCGCUGAUCUUGGAUUUACACAACCAGCUGAGGAGCAAAAUUGCAACGGGUAAACAAAACUACACUUCCAAGGAUUUUUAUCCACAAGCUAGUCGUAUGGCGACAGUGGUUUGGAAUGAUGAGUUAGCCAGCAUAGCAGCAGCCAACGCUCGAAGAUGCGUCUACGGUCAUGAUGUAUGCCGGAAUACAGUAACGUACAAAGCCGCCGGACAGAAUAUUGCUAUUAAGUCAUACUACGGCCAAACUUUUUCCACCAAUGAUCUAAUUACGGGAUUCGUAAAUGCUUGGUAUUCAGAAUACUCCUACGCCAAUCCCACUUAUAUCGCAAGCUACCCGAAAGGUUACACCGGACCUGCGAUUGGACACUUCACCCAGAUUGUGGCAGAUCGAGCAGCCCAAGUUGGAUGCUCACUAGUGACGUACAAUACAGCACCUUGGAUCAACCAGUACUUUGUGUGUAACUAUGCUAUAACCAACAUAAUCGGUCAGCCAGUGUAUGUUAGCGGUACUGCCUGCUCGAAAUGCACGACUGGUUGCAAUACAAAGUAUGCUGGGUUGUGCAGUGAAAAGGAAGUUAUUAAUUCCAAUCCGUAAUUGUUUUCAACCCUAUCUCAAUAAAAUUAAUUUAUUGUUUUAGAUUUGGGGAUUGAAAAAAACUAAAAUAAAGCCAUUUGGUAAAAUUGUUUCAAAA